AUGUCUAUCUCUGUGCAAGGAAGGACCGCCAUCGUAACCGGAGCUGGCUCCGACCUAGCCUUGCGUCCCGAAGCGCAAGUGUUCGUCGAUGAGCACAAGACCGAUUCCCCGCGAGUGGUCUUCCAAGAGACCAAUGUGGUUGACUGGGCUCAGCUCGAGCGGAUGUUCGAGGUUGCCGAGAAGGAGUUCGGCGAGAUUGAUAUUGUGUGCCCGGGCGCGGGAGUCUACGAGCCGCUCUGGAGCAACUUCUGGCGCCCACCUGGCGCGGGCGAAAGCAAGGACUCGACCACUGGCGGCCGAUACGCUAUAAUCGAUAUCAACCUCACCCACCCGAUCCGCACGACCCAGCUGGCAAUUGCUCAUUUCCUGAACAACUGUACCAGCGGUCGCCCGAAGCAUAUCCUUCAUAUCUCCAGUAUUGCAGCCCAGAACGCUAAUCUCGCCAACCCGGUUUACUGCGCCACGAAACACGCCAUUAGCGGCUUUGUGCGUUCGCUCGCCAAUCUCGACAAGAAGUUUGGUAUCCGAGUCACAGCCGUGGCUCCCGGUGUUAUCAAGACUCCGCUCUGGACUGAACACCCGGAGAAGAUGAAGUUGAUUGAUGGUAGCGAUGAGUGGGUGACGCCCGAGGAAGUAGCCGAGGUGAUGUUGGCGCUUUUGCAGCAGGACGAGGUCAGCGAGACUAUCGGCGACCGGUCGGGUAAUGGGCAGCAGUUUAAGGUGGAGGGAGGUACGGUUCUGGAGGUGUCAAAGACUGUGCGCGCAGUCGCUCAAUUCAAUGACCCUGGUCCUGGCAAUCGCCCUGGAAACACGGCGUCGGAUCAUCACGAGGUCGAGGAGGAGACUUAUAAGAUCCUGGAGCAGAAAGGAUGGGGACUGUGA